UAGGUUGGGAGGGAAUGUUCACUAGAUGCAGUUGCCGAUAAUAGCGCGUAUCAGCAGUAGAGCGGGGAAUGCGAGCGGAGAGGAGAGAAGAGGAGAGCAGCACAGCAGGCAGCACGGGAGUGUACUUGAAGGAGAGCAACAAUAUUGAUUCAGGAAAGCAAGAGAAAAAGAAAGCUGUAGGAAAGAUACAGAGAGCAUCUCAGAGCGCACAUCCUCAGAGGAGAACGGAACGGGGGUGGAAGUUGGAAGACUGUGGGAACUCAUCAGAUCUCUCAGUGGAAAUGCUGAGCUGAGGUCAGCAAGGAAGAGUGCGGGAGAGGAAAGCAGCUGAACCGACCUAGACGGUGGAUUGGCUGGUGGUCGACGGGUGAGGGAACAGUGCUAAAAGUUCAGAUUCGGCACGCACCUGCCUGUGGGACUAACGCUUUUGGAUAAUGCAGCGAGGCUGUGGGGCACGAGUGCUUGCGAAGGGCUGCCACAUCCACUAGACCGUUUCCUCUUUAGUUUUUUAGGACAGCAGCGUGCGAUCAACUCCAUCCUCUUUUUUAUGUGUGUUUUUGAAGGAUUCGAGUGCAAGUUUAACAUUUGAGGGGCUAUUCCAAGAGACAUGAUAGAGAAUGCAAUAAAGAACGAGGCUUUCGUUUCAGAGCAUGGAGAAGUCAAGUAGUGAGGAAUCAGCCAUCCAUCGUAGCCCCUCCGUGGACAGUCGCGACUCAGAUUUUGCACAAGCCUCCACCUCCGGACGUCCGUUCGGAGGACGAGGCUUCAACGCCGGCGCGUUCUACGGGUCCACGGGACCCCGGGCGCAAACCGCCACUCAGAGCGGGGCCGCCGGAGACGACAAAAGCAACAAUAAGUACAAGUCUCCAAAGGGCAGCAAGUACGUGGUGUUUUACCUGGAUCUAUCCUUUGUGUUCCUUCUAGAGUUCAAGAAGUUCAACAUGGCGAGAGGCUGCCUGUGCUGUCUGAAAUACAUGAUGUUCGUCUUCAACCUCAUCUUUUGGUUGUGCGGCUGUGGCCUGCUGGGUGUUGGAAUUUGGCUGUCUGUGUCCCAGGGCAGCUUUGCCACCUUCUCUCCCUCCUUUCCAUCCCUCUCCGCUGCCAACAUGGUCAUCGCAAUAGGCGCCAUCGUCAUGGUGACAGGCUUCCUCGGUUGCCUAGGCGCCAUCAAGGAAAACAAGUGCCUGCUUCUGAGCUUCUUUAUUGUCCUGUUGAUCAUUCUGCUGGCCGAGCUGAUUUUACUCAUUUUGUUCUUCGUCUACACUGAUAAGGUCAGUGAGAACGCCAAGCAGGAUCUAAAGGAUGGUCUUGCUCUCUACAACUCGGAUAACAACAUUGGGCUGAGAAACGCCUGGAACAUCAUCCAAGCUGAGUGGAAGUGUUGUGGAGUAAUUGGAUACACAGAUUGGCACGAGGCUCUGAAAGAAAAGGUGGUACCCGACCGUUGCUGUCAGGAACAUUAUCAGGAGUGUGGCCGCAAUUCCACCAACAUGUUUUGGACACGGGGCUGCUACGAGAAGGUGGAAGAGUGGCUUGACGAUAACAAGCAUCUACUGGGAACAAUCGGCAUGUGUAUCUUGGUAGUUCAGCUCCUGGGAAUGGCUUUCUCCAUGACGCUCUUCCAUCAGAUCCACAGAACUGGGAAGAAAUACGAUGCCUAACCAGGCCACAAAGGAGGAGCUUUGGUGCAUUAUGGGAUUGACUCUGGAGGAUAGCCUCCCCUUGUAUCUAACUUGGCCAACCUGUUUUCCCAUUAACUCCCAAGCUUACCACGCCGUCUUGUAUAGACCUCAGUCACGGUCGCUCUCUCCUCCAGUCUUUCCCCCCCAUCCACUCAUCUGCCAAAGAGACCCGGGGACAUAGAGGAACGAGAGGAGCGCCAGCAUCCUCCCCAUAAAAAGCCUUUAACUGACUUUCGCCCUUCAUCUCCACUAGAACCUUUAUUUUAUGCUUGAACUAACUAGCGUUUCCAGGAAGGAGAGCAUUGCUGAGGAACUGCGUGGCUUUACUAAUACGUAAAUCCCUCCCCCUGUCCUGCAAGGCAAAGAGAAGACAUGAGACUGGUAGUUUUGAUACCUUUGGGGUGUGAUGAACCGAAAGGCAUUAUCACCCCGUCUACAGUGUAAAGACAAACAGCUUCAUUUUUAGCAUGUUAGCAGUUUUAUACCAGACGGAGAUCUUUGUCAUUUUAGCGCAAGACUUCUUUUUAUGUUUGUUACUUUUUAUCAACCCUAUCAUUAUUAUUUUUACGAAUGAGACAUCGAGUUUUCUGACUUCGACCUCAAAUCUAAGAUGUGUGUGUGUGUGUGUGUGUGUUGUUUUUCCUUUUGUGAUUUGAGGGGGCACUGAAAGUGCUAAAAGUUUUACCCUGAGAAACAUGCGACCUAAUGUCAGUAUAAUAAUUGAAAUAAACUUUCAUUAUGCAGGCUGUCAGAUUACCCAGACCUUCAGGUACCGAUGGUACUCAAUACCUGAAAAAAAAAAGGUCAUUUUAUCUUAAUUUGUCACACUCGUUGACGGCGUAGACAGCGAAAUGCAGUUUUUAUAGGACAAAAGUGACUGCGGCUUAGAAAAGAAAGUGUGCCAAGCAUUUCUAAAGGCCAGAUCUUUGUUUGACUAUUGACCAUCUGAAAAACAUUAAGACAGAGCUUAGCCAAGCAUCUUUCUUCUUAUCAGAGCUAAUGCAUGUCUUCAGAUCGCUCCUGCACAUUUACAUUUAAGUCCCUGCCAGAGGCGUUGGCUACAAAGUGCACAUUAAAGUUACUUUAACAGAAAGUUACAGAUUCUGAUACUGCCGCUUUCAUGCCAAUGGUUGAUUGUAUUUGCGAGAUGAUUACACAAGAAAUACCAACUCGAACUCAAGUAUGUAAGUAAGUUUGAUUGUGAAUGUUCACUACAAUUUUAUAUGUACAUCUUUUUUGUAUACUGUUAAUGAGAAAUAGCUGUUUGAGAGCAAACUGGCUUGCUAACUAUAUUUCCAACGCUAUCUCAUGGCCAUAUCUACGAGGUGGCUAAUUCGUAUUAAUUGGUACAAACACAUUCAUACAUUUUUGUACGAUUUGCCUUGACACCUGUGAUGUUGGGAUUAGGAGUGAGGUUUUGUUAUUGUUUUUUUUUAUAUAUUUUAUUUGAUAAUCGUACAUUUUUGCACAAUGAACUCGUACAUACGAAUUAGCUAACUCGUAAAAUGUGUGCGAAUUCUCAUGAGCCCAUACAGCAAAAAAAUAUAUUUUUUAAUAUAUUUUUAAAUAUAUAUCAAAAUAUACAAAAUAAAUGCUUUUUUUGCUGAAAUAUAUUUUGGAAUAUACUUACAAAAAUAUUUUUUUCACUGAUAUAUUUUUGUAUAUUUUGAAAUAUAUUUAAAAAUAAAUUUUAAAGCAUAAAUAAUAUAUUUAGCCCUCCAUAUAUUGCAAUCAAAGGAAAUUAUUAACAUCGCAUUGGAAGAAAAAUUUUGUUACCAACCUGUAAACAUAUAUUUUUUAAAAUGUUCAAAUUAAAUAUAUUUUCGACUUCAAAAAUAUACUUUAUAAAUUAACGUGCAUUUAGCAUAUAUUUAAAAUACAUGUAGGCAAAAAAAAAAACUUGUAAUAUUAGAAAGAUAUUUGUCUGCCCUUGAAAUACAUUUUGAAAUAUAUGUUGAUAUAUGAAGGUUAAAACUAAAUUUCCAAAUUCAAAAAUAUAUUCAAUUGAGCAUUACAUUCUACAAAAUGUAUUUAGCAUUUAUUUAAAAUAUAUAUUUGGCCAGAGAAAUGUAUUUUUUUGCCGUAUGGGAGAUCAGGCUGAUAUUUCCCGUAAAGAGAUAGUUCACCCAAAAAUUUUAAUUAUGUCAUCAUUUAAGCUCUAUGCACACCGCCGGUGAAGCGAUGGGAUCUCGAUCAUUUUAAUGAAAGUUUGCCGAUUUCUGGCAACAGGAAGUGGGCGUGUCCAGAUACAUGACAAAGUUGAGAACCGUUGCUACUUUUGGGAGCGACAACCAAUGAAGUGAAGUGUGUAAAGUGAACAGUGCUCGAAUUGAAACAAGUCUUAUGGGGGUCCCCACCAUGACAUAGCAGCAAACCCAAAAUGGCAACACAUUACUACCUUUAAACGCAAAUGUAUGAUUUAUGUAACAUCGAUACAAGGAAAGCAAUCCAAAAAAUAUCUGAGGGGACCCCCCAAUUAUAAUUUUGACUUCUUAUAGGGGGUCCCGGAUGCCUUAUGGGGGGUCCCGGAUCCCGGAUUUGCUAAAUACUCACCAAGUCGAGCAUUAAAAUUCAACAGAAUACUAAACAAACGUUAUUGUACAAGUUUGUGGACCGUGAUUCACCAGCCAUAAUUUAUUGGAGAAAAACAGCCUGCUGCGUUUCUGUUUCUGCACACCUCAGCUUUAUCGCCACUGUCUCUAUCGCCUGCUUUUUUGCUGUCUCCAUCUGCUUUUUACUUCUCGAGCAUCGGGCCAGAACGGUUUGCAUUCUCUCUAACAUUCCUGCUGAAUGAGGCGUUAAUGCGUCUGCAUCACACGCCCUGAGGGAACUUGGUUUAAAAGAGUUUGAAGCGAAAGUGUGUUUACCCGCGGACAGUUUGAAGGGUUUAAAAUCACGUAGCCGUAGAUCAGAACGCGAUGAUGGCUGUUAGCGAUGGUAAAAGCGGGGUCAUCUGAUGGGCUCCAAUCUAGACUGUCAGUGAAACACAAACCUUCUGCUUAAGGCUCUGUGUUUCAUACAGUAUGUGUCUUACAGAGAUAGCCUUAAUGGAGCACUAAAGAUAGAGAGAAGAUAAUAACACCUCUCAUCCCAUCGGGCACUAACUGUCACGCUGUCUUUGGGUUUACUGUAUUUUUGAAAAAUUGCUUUGUAUUAAGAAACAGUCGGGACCAGAAGAGACAGCUGCUUCUGAUGUUCAUCCUCGGUUGGCGCUGAAAUUGAGACUGGAUGUGAUUGAGUAAAGGAACUCUGUCACUGUAUGUUGCUGCUAUAGGAGACGCUCGUGGUUAUUACUAGAUCAGAAAAGGGGAAAUACUUGCACGCUCGACUUCACUCACAUCGUCCGCAAGCACUUAAAGUCAACACGAAUCCAAAAUUGACUCUAUUUACUUUGCUUCUGGUCAUAGUGCAGUCUUCCGCAAAGCUACGGUUUCAAUCGGAAAACACAUAUUAGAGAAGUUAAAUUGGUUGGCUUCAAGGGAUCUGGGAAAUCGGUCUUGCAUGUUGAUAGGCAGCAACAGUCAAAUUAGUUUGUGCUAAACUUGGCAGUAUGGAUUCAAACCAGUUUGGUCUCAUAAGCACUGGGGAAUCGACAACUUCAUCGGCGCUUUUGUCACUAGCGCAGACUGCUAAAUGAAAUCAACAUGAAAGCUUUCAAGGGCACACUUUUAGUUUGGAGUGACGGUUUUGUCUUCAAUUCUGUGAUGUUUAUUUUAUUUUAUAAAAAAAUCACUUUAAUUCUCAUCUGUUAAAUGUAUAUACCCAUGUAUAUACUUCAUCCAUUUACCUUUGCAUUGUUUUCCUUUGUUAUACAGUAGGCUCCUAUGUGCGUUUAUAUCUAAAGUUGUCAGAAAAUAUGAUCCCUAGCCAUCACUAGCGUGGUACCCUAAAGAGUUUAUAUCAGUACAUCAAAGGUAUAUAUUGGUACCAAAUCUAUACAUAUUUGUUCCUAAAUGGUACAUAUUAAGGCCUUUUAACUCUUUCCUCACCAUUGAUAAGUUAACUUGCCAAUUAAGAGAAAAUGCUCCCUGCCAAUGACAAGUUUUCCGACAAUCCGUAAUACCGCUAUUUUCCACCAGGGGCCUCAUUUAUAAAGCGUGCGAACGCACAGAUUUGAUCGUAAAGUGUGCGUACGCAAAAAUACACAGCAAAGUCCAUAUUUAUAAAAACUGUCUUUGACGUGGAAAAGUGCUUAGCGCCACGUCAGGGUCUGAGCAGACGAACGCACUUUUGGUUUUCUGACUGCUGCAGGUUUUUGGAAAUCUAAGCCAUUCUUUCUGCUCGAAAUUGGGUUUAAACUUUGACAAACGCUCUUUUAUAUGUCUACUAUGACAUUAAUUAGGCGUUGUUUAAAGGCAGAGCUCUGAAACUGCUCGGCUGCGCACAAGUUCAAGUUAAUUUGCGAUAUAUACACUGAAAAAAAUUAUUCAUUCAAUUUACUCAAUUUUUUUAAGGUAAGUGGUUGCAAUCAAUUUAUUUAAGCUACAUUUAAACAAAAGUUUUUUGUUUUCUUUUGCCUUUCAAAUUUAUUUUUUUAAAUGUAGCUUAAAUAAAUUGAUUGCAACCACUUACCUUAAAAAAAUUGAGUAAAUUGAAUGAUACAUUUUUUUCAGUGUAGAUUUAAAAAGGGUACCGUUGUUUUCUGCGCGUACGUUCAGUUUAUGAAUCACAUGUAUGUAUUUUUGAUAAAUGAUCGUAAGAUCAAAUAUAGGAUGGCUUUUACGCAGCAUUUUAUAAAAUGAGGCCCCAGGUCUUCUGCAACUCAUAAAACCUGGAAGUAUUGCCCCAGGGCAGUGGUUCUCAAAAUCUUUUUUUAUUUUUAUAAAAUACAUUAAUUUAUCCUGAAUUAUGUGUAAUUAAACCUAAAAAAAUAAGCCUACUAACCAAUAGCACUACUUUGAAUAAUUUAAUAUGUUUUGUUUAAAUAAAAUGUUGAGUUUUAGAACAGUUUUUGUCAAAAAAAAAAUUAUUUGGCGGGCCGUAAAGGAAUGCAUUGUACACUAAAAAAGUUUGAGAACCACUGCCCUAGGGCAAUGUCUGUGUCCAUGUUUUGAGGAUCGCUCUGAAUCUGAUCUCUAAUAUAUAUUUAAAGAAGAAGAUUUUCUGGAAGGCAUUAAACUUUUGUGAAAAUUAUGAAAAAUGCAUGCGCUGACCCCCCAUUUUUUAUACUGGCUGGGAAAGAGUUAUCUUGGCUUGGGACCAUUUUCUCUGACAGUGUACAGUACAAAACAACCAGUUGGCAUUAGUGUUUUAUUUUAUUAUUUCAAGUUUUUGUUUUAUUUUUUAUUUUCACUGCAUUUGUGUCACUCUUAAUGCAUGUAAACUGUUUUACUACAAAUCAUCUCAUCAACUGCAAACGUGUGAUAUUAGGGCAGAUCUUUAUUUUUAACUGUUGUAAAUGUCUGUCAUAUACCUAGAAUUGCAAGAGUAAAUGCCUGUUAUUUUCACACAAAGGUUAGGUCAAGUCCUUUGUUUUAUCUUUUUGUAUGUUGUCCGUUGUUGCAAGCUGGUCAAAAAUUGACUUUAAGGGUAUAUUAUGCUUCCUUUCAUUUCUUACAAGUUUCUUUGCCUGUCCGAAUGUCAGAUGACAAUUAAUAUAUGUCGGGUUUUCAUAAUGAAACCGGUGUAUGUGAUGAAAUAUUUAUCAUACAGCACAUACAAAUUCACAAUAUAGUUUUUAACAACCAUAAUCCUGAUAUUUUUUUCAUUUGAAGUUCAUUAAUAAUGCAUGACAUACUGCUAAGCCCAUUAUCUGAAAGCUGUGGUCUCUUCCUUUCUAUCAUAUUGAAAAUGGCCCAGACCGUAAUGGAGAAAUUCAUAGUCUCUCCAGAAUGUCUAAAUGCUUACACGUUUAUAUGGUCUGAUUAUAUCAUUUUGUACCCAUUCAUUUUUUUAGUUUUAUGUUCAUUUCUUUAAUCGCUUUUGUUUUGUACCUAUUCAUUCAAAAACUUUUAUGUUGGUAUUUGAUGGUUCUGAAUUCUGAUGUUUUAUGGGACGAUUUUGCAGGGAAAUUGUUAGUGAAGCUUUUUAUUGGAUUUUCGAAGUGAACACAUCAACUAAUUGACAUUUUUAUUUUCUUUCAUAAACAGACACUGCCAUAAAAUGAUUUACUAAUUUGAUUUGCUUGGAGUAAAAAAAAACAGAUUAUCUCUGUCAUAUCAGUAUUUUUGUACUGCCAUCCUAACCACCACCAAGGUACAUAUACAAGCAUAUGCUCUUGAGUGAUGUUUUCCUGUAGUGUCCUGGUGAGUGGCAGUUAUCAGAUAUCUUGUGAACCCAAAUUUGUCCUGUGUAUUUUGUAAAGCACUAUAAAUAUAUUAGGUGGUGCACUAAAAUGCAUUCUUUAAAUCCUACUAUUUUUUAAAUAAAGGAAAGUGUGUUGCCAAACCCAUUGA